UUCGCUCCCUGCUCGCAUAUGCGGCAGUGGAAAUGGAGAGUUAACGGGGAUCCAUGGAAGUGGCAUUCCACAGCACCGCACUUUUUCCUGACUUUUCUUCUUCACGAUGCACUUUGGGAUUUCAAUAAGAUGCGUGCCUGUUUCCCGAUAACGAGCUUCCUUCUGGCCAUCAACAUUUACUGCCAGCAGCUGCGAGCUCAGGAUUCCUCCUGUUGCCAAUAUGCUGCUGAGGCAUCGCCCUGCAAAGAAGCUUGUGAGCAGCUUGCAACCAUCAAGAGUGAGUCACGCCUAAAGCAUCUUCUCCAGAGGUUACCCAGUUACUGUCCUGAGUCGGUGAGUGAGCUUUGGAUGUGCAUCAACUCCACACUCCCAGGGGUUUCGAAGAAGUCUGAUGGCUGGGUUGGACUUGGUUGUUGUGAACUGGCAAUAGCAAGCGAGUGUCGUAGGGAAUGCAAGCAGGCAUCGUCUAAAAAUGACAUAACAAAAGUAUGCAAAAAGGUCACAGAGAACUCUCUCUACAGCUGCAUCAUCAAAAAUGAAAUGGGCUCAUCAUGCUGCAGCUUUGUGGGCCGUCACACCAACUGCAGGGACUUCUGUGAUGCCAUAUUCAGAACAGACUCGACCCCAACAGAGUCCCAGAUCAAGACCGUCAAAGAGUUCUGCAGCAGCCACAGCCCUAAGCUGGUUGAAUGUGUCAACAAUUUCACAGAGUCCUACCCCGCUCGGAGCCCAAUAGACAGUUUGUACUGCUGUGACCGGGCUGAAGCCCCUAAUUGUCAGGCGGCCUGUAAGCAUCUCCUUCGCACAAUGAAUACAGACCAGGAGAUCAUGGAGGGUCUGAUAAAGGAAUGUGGGACCCAGCCCCUCCCUCAGGACCCAAUGUGGCAAUGUUUUCUGAUCAGAGCCCACCCUCCGUCUCCACCUGUGGACGAGACACCGCAUCCAGCCAAGAUGGACCGUGCCAAGCUGCACUGCUGUUCUAAGGCAAACACAUCAGUCUGCAGGGAGAAGUGUCGGGAGAUCAGCACCCACUGGGGCAGUCAGACUUGGCAGGAUUUUGAUCAGUUGUGUGAGUACAACCCAAUGGAGAUAGAGCUCAUCAACUGUCUGGCUGACGUCCGAGAGCCUUGCCAGCUUGGCUGCAAAGACCUCACUUACUGCACCAACUUCAACAACAGGCCCACGGAGCUGUUCCGCAGCUGUAAUAUGCAGUCAGACCAAGGUGCCAUGAACGACAUCAAGCUUUGGUCCAAUGGGACGAUUAAAAUGCCGUUUAUGAACAUCCCUGUCCUGGACAUCAGGAAGUGUCUCCCGGACAUGUGGAAGGCCGUGGCCUGCUCGCUGCAGAUCAAGCCAUGCCACAGCAAAUCUAGAGGGAGCAUCAUAUGCAAGUCAGACUGCGUGGACAUUCUUACCAAGUGUGGGGACAAGAAGUACUUUCACGAAGGACAAACCCCCGAGAGGCUCUGUGAGGUUCUUUCUCCCAUCGAUGACCCAGAACAUUGCAUCCCCCUCCACAGAUAUCUCACACCCAGUUCACUAGGAAACAGCAUCGUUGAAGAGAUCAUCCAUCCAUGCAACCCUAAUCCAUGUCCAAGCAACCACUUAUGCCAGGUCAACAGAAAGGGAUGUUUGGAGGACACCAGCUGUCAGCCAUACAUCUGUGUUCCAGGUUGUAAAAUGGGGGAGGCUUCUGAGUUUCUGGUGCAGCAGGAUGCUCUAAUUCAAGUCCCGACCCACGAUGGUGCUGCUGGCUGCCAUGAGAUGUGCAGCUGUGGCCCAAGCGGGCGUUUGGAGAACUGCAUGUCUAUCCCCUGUGUGGAAAUGGACAAGGGCUGCAUUGUAGAGGGGCAACGGAAGGACCACGGCUCAUCUUUCACGACCGACUGCAACACAUGCUCCUGCUUCGCUGGAGAAACCAUCUGCUCGACGAGAAAAUGUCCCACAAAGAAAGACUCUUGGGCUUCUACUGAUCAUCCCUGUAACUGUCCGUAUAGCUUUAUCCCAGUUUGUGCCGUUAACGGGCGUACCUAUCCAAGUGGAUGUGUGGCUCGCUGUAUGGGAUUCAAAGAUCAACAGUUUGUCUUUGGCCACUGCCAUUCCAGUAACCCCUGCACUGGCAUCAGCUGCCCGAGAAACCAGAGGUGUGUCCCAAGACGUCGCGUUUGUCUGAGCAACACCUCAGAUUGUCUGCAGUACGAGUGCGUAGGCCGACCGGCGGUCUGUGACAGAAGCAGCAUGGAGCCGGCCUGUGACACAGACGGCCUGGUGCACCGCAGUCUAUGCCAUCUGCAGCAGGCUGGGAAGAAGCUGGCCUACAUGGGACACUGCCAGGAUGCCUGCCGGAAAACUAAAAAGGUUUGCGGUCACAACGGUGAGACCUACAGCACCGUGUGUGAGGCAUUCUCUGACCGUGUGGCUGAGGACUAUGAGGGCCCCUGUCGUGCUGUAGGGGCCCUGUCUGGCAUGAUUCUAGAUAGGGUGUGCAUCGAGGUGACCUGCCCGCCGAUAUCUGUUCAGGGCUGCCGCCCCAUCACUCCUCCUGGAGCCUGUUGCCCCAUAUGCGCCAGUAUACUGCAGAUCCUCUGGAGCCAGAAGCUGAUGAACACUUUCUCAAAGCUGAAUAAGAACCAGCCCGUGACGGUCUACGACAUCCUGCAGAUCCUGCGUCUUCACGUCUCUGUGCCACAGUGUGACGUCUUUGGCUACCUGAGCAUCGACAACAGACUGGUGGUCCUUGUGGCAGCAGUGGACCAUCAGCCAACACCGCUGCAGAUCGAGGCUUGCAGUAAGGAGGCUGAGAAGAUUGAUUCCCUCAUAAACUAUGCCAGUCCCACUUUGGUCUCACACGUCCCCCUGUCAGCCUUCCUCAGCUCAGAGAUCAACGCCUCCUCCAUCCACUCUGGGGGCUCUCUGCCUUCACCUGUCCACCUAAGCCUCUGGUUCAUCCUUGCUCUCAUCAUUACAGCUGCUCCAAGAAUCCAGUAGCUUUAAGUGCCUUGCACCCCCCAACCCCCACCACUACCCAGUUGUUCCCAAAGUGCACUAAUGCUUUGCAUGUCCAAGAUGCCAUGGUGUUGGACAUGGCAGUAAUUAUGACAAUCAUUCCCUUUUUUUGCGUUCCAAACAAUCAAGCUGGUUGAGAAGUUACUGAUAUUGUUAAUUAUUUGUUUAAAAAGUAUUAUUAUUCAGUGAUAAGUUUCUCACUAGCUCCCCCACUGGAGAGUAUGUGGGGGGAUGGGGGGGAUCUAAUCUUUAUGAAGUAUUUAGCUUUAUACCAACAGUGUUAAAAUCAGGAGUAUAUUUCCUGACAGGUGUUAACGUUGAUGCAGCAAAUCAACAUUUUUAUGUGAUUAAACAUCAGUAUUGACCUUGUGUACAGCGCAUGAGCUCCAUGUGUUGUAGUCGUUGAACCUAAGCAGUGUUAUAGACGUGGCUGGUCCAAUAAACAGGUCCAGCCUUAACAAUCAAAUCCAAAAAGUGAACUAUAGAGUACAGAGGGUGCCACAAAUAUCACACUAAAGUGAAUCCACCCCUUUCAUUUUCUGAACAUUUAAUUUUCUUUAGCUAAAUAGUUCUCCUCCUUUGCUCUGGCUCGUGAUUACAUUCCACCACAAGCUUCAACAUCAGAAGCCUGAGUCUAUGUCAUCACUGGAGAUAGGAACACAGUGGACCGCUGCUCCUUAGCUUCAGGAGACAUGUAGAGUGUUGGGAAGCUAUGAUCACUGUCUGCUUCAUCUCAUACCAAUUUACAAGGAGAAACAGAACACCUCUGUAGGCGGGCAUGUACUGUGCCAUGUUUUCAAUCUAUGCACGCAGCUACAACUCAAACUAUAUGACCAAACAGCAGACCGCAAAAUGGCAAACAGUUUAAAAGUUCACAGCUUACGAUGUAUGUUCUCACACUGCGCAGGCCGAUUCUCUGAUGCGAUCUACCUGCUCACGCCAUACAUCUAAAAACCGCACGUCGGACUCGUAGCUCUGCUUCAACAGCAGGAUUUGUUCACCAACAUCUCAGGAUGGCCGAUUUUUAAACAUGUUUGAUUUCCUGCUUACCUUACGAUUCCUGAUGGGGGGGUGGUCAUUAGAGGCUGAUUGCCCCUCGUUACCCCCUGAAUGCUACACGACGCAGGACGCAAGAUCAGGCUAAAACUUGGCCCGAUGGAAAUAUUUAGUAGAAUCAGCCCGGAAAGGGCAAAAAAUCGUACGUUGUACACCCGGCUUAAGCCUGAGGUUCAGAGGAAGGAAAAAUGUUCUAACCAGACAGAUUCUGCAGAUUGGCCAUGAAUGAAAU